AUGUGUUGCUCCUCCGGCAGAGCUGUGGAGGCCACAGAGGGAAGAGUCCAGCAGUGCCCCCUGCUGGAGGAUUUCAUUAAUAGCCUGGUGUCAGGAGCCCUGAUGGAUCUGGCUGAAAACUCUGAGAAACCUGAGUCUCAGCGUCUCCGACUAAAUGAAGCCGACGGGCACCUGCACGCCAUCGAUUGCUCCUCCAAACAGCCUUCACCCAUUCCUGUUCCCCUCUUCCCAUCAAAAGAACCGACAGAUGCUUUGUGA